AUGUCAACAUCACAACAACAAAACACCAAACCAUCACAUACAACAUUAUUAAAUGAAGCUAAGCUAAAUCAACAAGAAAAUCUUAGAAAAUCCCAAGAAUAUACAAAAAUAUUAAAUUUUUUAUUAAAUCAAUUCCUUACAAUAAAUUCAUCAAGUGAAUCAUCAACUUUAAUUGAUAAAUUUACAACAAUAUUACAAUUAGAUAAACAAAUUUUAAAUCAAUUAAAUAAUGAUAUUUCUUUAAAUUUUUAUGAAUUAAUUAAAGUUAAAAAUAAAUUAGAGAAGUUUAUAAAUCGUUGUGAUUUUGAAUUUAAAAAAUAUAAUCAAUUUGAGAAAGAAACAAUCGAUAAAAAGAAUGAUAAUAUUGAUUCAAAAGAAGAUUUAAAUUUACAAAAAAGAUGUGAAAUUAUUGAUUUAAAUUUAAGAAUUUUUGAAAAUACUUUAAAAUUGAUUGAUGGAAGAAAAUCAGUGGGUAGAGCUCAAAGUUGA